UUGCUUGGAUUCCAUCAAAGCUUCAAAAUGGCGGACCAGCGAGCAAAGCUGCAACAAGGGGGUUUUUGGAGUGCCCCUCAAGUACAAUAUAGUAAACAAACACAUGAUUUAUUGAAAGAAAUGAUGAAAGAGUCAAAAUUAACCAAUUUUCAACAAAGACAUCUGGAGAAGUCUCUAAGAGGUGGGAGCAGCCUACCCACAGCAUGUGCUCCUACUACCAGCGCCAGGCCGAGACAGAAGAAACCCCCUCCAAAACCAAGCAAAAUAAUCAACCCCAGGACGUACAGUGGUGGUGUCCGAACAAAAGACACAAUGGAAGAAAUGGGAGCAUUUCAAAAAUCAGAUUAUGUUCCACCAAGACAGAACACACGGUCAGCUCGUGAGAAGGAGAAACUGGCAAACAUCAUGGCCUAUGGAGAAGACAUGGACCCCAUCCCAAUGGCUCGGGUACGGAAACGUGUUGACAUGGAGAUUGGAGAAGUGUCGGAUGUGGACAGGUUCCAGGAAUUGCAAGAUGAAAUUAAUGAAAGACGGAACUUUCUGGCUGACAUGGAGAAGUUGGGACAAGGAGCUAAAUAUAAAGGCAUCAUAGAGACCGAAGUCUCUCAGAAAAUCAGAGAAAUGGAAGUUAUUGACAACAAGAAGACUGCAGAGCUGAAACGUCUGAUUGAGGAAGAUGACAGAAAUAAAGCUGUAUCCAAAGGAAUCCCGCAGCCAUCUGUCUCCUGAAAGGGGAGAGAACUCUGACUCUCAUGAACCCAGCCAGAAGCUGUAACGUUUUAUUGAUCACAUGGAGAAGUCAAAUCUCAGGCAAAAUGUGGGAACAAUCUUAUCACUGUGAUAUCUGGACAUGUUGAUUCGGGGUGUGUAAUCUGUCAUGGUAUUUUUUCUAACCAAACUAAUAACUCAUUGAUGACAGACUAAAAAUGUUUCCAAUACACUGAUCAGGUUAUAAUGGUGUCAUGAAACUAGACAAGCGAUAUCAUCACCGGCAAGCUACAUUGCCGUUAUAUGCCAACAUCAAUACUGUUCUUCAUACAUUUACUUGAUGCUCAUGCUGUUGAUCACUGGAUUGUCUGGUUCAGACUCAAUUAUUUACAGGCCACUGUCAUAUAGCUGCUAUAUUGCUUAGAGUGGCGUUAAACAACAAACGAAAUCAACCACUACCGACUUCUCUAACAGAAACAGAACAUCCAAUUGUGAGGAGUACUUAAUAUUGCUGCCUUCCACAUUCUAAUUUAUGUAAAAUAUACUGACAGAGCCCAGUUUAGUCUUCAGUAUUAUUGGUUUGAAAGACAAAGAAGGAUUUUAUACCAUUGCAAGUUAAUUCAAGACUUCCACUUUCACUGUGUCUGUAGUUCUAUAGCUUUUCAUCGCGGCCAGUAAAAGAUUCAUUGUUAUCCCAGCCUCACAUUGUUACACAUAAAUUAUUGUCAAGAACAUUUUUUACUUGAUUACCAUACACAUAAUCCGUCCAAACAUUCAUCUUUCAUGCGAAUGGACAGCGUAUUACAAUGACCGAAAAUCUGAUGUUUAAUUUUAUGAAUUAUUUAUUUUUAUUAUUAUAAUUAACAGGUGAUUAUUUUUAUCUCCUAAUGUAUGCAUUUACAAUCACAUUCCACCCUUGCUUGAUUGUUAUCAUAAAAAGACCCAUUGUUUUAUCACUAUUAUAUUAUUUUUCACAAUAAUCUGUUUACGUGUAUACUAAGUACUAUGUAUAUUAAAUAUUUUUUUCAA